GCCAAGUGCCAUGAUAAUGGCCGUCGAUGCCACUGCAUCCCUCUCGGGCAUUUUCUCGUAGAGCGCUAGUGCGGUGGGGAGGUCUCUGUUCCUGACGAGCAAAGCGAUGGAAAUAUUCCAAGAGAUUAUAUUCCUUGGGCGCAUAAAUGGAUCAAUGAUCUCUGGGUGGAUGAUCUCGAUAUGUGUGAGCGGGAUUUUCAAAAUGUGGAGCUAGGGUUUAAUGCUCUGACACGGGCGGCGGUGUGUGAGAGAGUGGCUGCAAUCCAGAAGAAGCAAUGCCUCGGACUAGCAAGAAUGUGGAUCACAAGCGCAGGGCAGAGGUGUUGGUAGGAAAUCGCCGGGCGAUGAGGCUCAAGACUACUGGAAUGAGCGCCGAUCUUGCCGAUCUUGCGAAGGUAGGGGCAGAGGGCGAGGUGGAUGUGGAGAAUGGCCAAGCUCUCUCGAAAUCUGGGAACUUUGUGCUCGGCGAUGCCGCGAAAGUGAAGAACAAUCUCCGGAUCUUCAAUAUGUGCUACUUGCAAGCGAUCAAGGAAGAGCAGGAGCGUUGCAAGAAGAUGAGGAACGCUUCCCAGCGUCCCGACUUGAAAGCGAUCUCCAAGAUGCUGCGCAUGAACGCGAUUCUUUUUCCGGAGAAGCGCAUUGGCGACUUACCUGGAGUAAAAGUCGGAGACACUUUCUUCUCUCGAGCUGAGCUUGUCAGCGUGGGGAUCCACAAACACUGGAUAAACGGAAUAGAUUACAUUGGAAAGGGAGACAACGAUCACAAGACAUAUAACUUGCCUCUGGCCAUUUCUAUCGUCAUGUCGGGAGGCUACGAGGACGACGUUGACAACUCCGAUGAUGUGAUUUACACAGGACAAGGUGGAAACAAUCUCGCUGGUGACCGGCGCCAAAUGAAACAUCAAGAGAUGAAGCGUGGUAAUCUGGCCUUGAAGAACUCUAUUGAAGAAGGGAACCCUGUCAGAGUCUUCCGUGGCCAUGACUUGAGGCACAGCUACACUAAAAGGGUGUACACGUACGAUGGCCUCUACAAGGUAGUGGACUAUUGGGCUGAGAGAGGGAUAUCCGGUUUCAAGGUUUAUAAAUUCAAGCUAAGGCGCUGUGAAGGCCAGCCAGCGCUUACCACUGAGCAAGUCCGCUUCUGUAGAGGAAAGCUUCCUGUGGCGCCAUCUGAGCGCGGACUGGUUUGCAAAGAUAUUUCCAAUGGACUGGAAGUUUUGCCAGUUCCCGUGUCGAAUCUCGUGGACAAUCCGCCUUGUGCACCCGAUGGCUACAGAUACAUCAACAAAAUCGAAAUUGAUGACGGGAUUGUACUUCCGCCUCCAGCGCUGGGAUGCAGUUGCAAGGGGCUCUGCGUUGAUCCUAAAACAUGCAGCUGUGCAAAACGAAAUGGACACACGUUUCCAUACGUUGACAGCCAUGGUGGCAGACUGGCUGUGCCUCUUGACGCCGUGUAUGAGUGUGGCCCAAACUGCGGGUGCGGUCCGGCAUGUAUAAACCGAGUGACGCAGCGUGGCCUACGUUACCGCCUUGAGGUGUACAAAACCCAGCACAAAGGAUGGGCUGUUAGAUCAUGGGAUUCCAUCCCUGCUGGAGCGCCCGUCUGUGAAUACUUUGGCAAAGUUAUAAAGUCUGACAGUCUCGACGUAAAGAGCGACGUCUAUUUGUUUGAUCUGGAUUGCAUUCAAACCAUGCGAGGAGUUGACGGCAGACAGAGACGGUGGGGAGACUUGAACAAGUUUUUGGACUACCAGAAUGGGAAAGUUAGCUGCGAGUCCAGGGACGCUGAGGAUGCGGAACACCAUGGACAAGCGGAGUUUUGCCUGGACGGAGGCGAGUGUGGAGCAGUAGCGCGUUUUAUCAAUCACAGCUGCGAGCCAAACCUCUUCAUCCAGUGCGUUUUAUCGACUCAUCACGACAUGCGAAUCCCUCGGAUUGUACUGUUUGCAGCUGACAACAUAGCACCACUUCAGGAGCUAAGCUACGACUAUGGCUAUGCACUCAACAGUGUGGUCGAUUCUGAUGGUCUAGUGAAAAAAUUGCCGUGUUACUGUGGAGCACUCUCGUGUAGGAAGCGACUUUAUUAACAGCGGAAACGGAUGAACAGUAUCAUGUUUGUAUUUGAUUGUAAAAGGUUGCGGCUUCGGAGGUUUAUAUUAUCGUCAGGUUCACAACCUUUUCACGAAGAGUUAGACUGGAUAUUGAUGAAAUUUUGGCCAAGCGAACCUUAUGUAACAGGAACAAAAUCUUAGACCGCGAUUAAUAUUAUAUGGAGCCAACCCAGGCCCAAGAACUGUCUCGUUUUUAAGA